GCGGUGCUCUCGACGGGCAGCAUCGGUGAAGGGCCACAGGGUUGAAGCGCAGGGGUUAACAACACAAUGGCCUUCGGUGGUAUUACAAGCCCAUCUAGGCUUGCUGCUGUCAAGCUGAGCUUGUGCCACUUGUCCGAGCGAAGCUGCUGCUUUCGCUGCCGCAAUGUUGAGUCGGGAUCCCCAUUCUUUCCCGGAAUGCGAUUCUUUUGGCCUCGGUCGGGAGGAAUAUCCACCGAGGCACGACCGGCGUUGUCGGGAUCCCGCCUGAUCCCUGCUGAACUGACAGGUCAUAAGGAACGACACGCGAAAUCGGUCUCCCGGAGACGGCUCGCUCGCCUUCGAUCUAUUGUCGGAGGAGCAGAGGCAACAACGACUACUGUGAAAGGAGCGGAACCCAGGGUUUCCUCCUCCUCCUCCUCCUCCUCCUCUCCCUUGGAUGUGCUGCGAUUGAAAGUACUUGAGAAGCAGCAGGAGCAGCAGCAGUCCGGAAGUCACUCAUCGGCACUGCGUGACCUCUCUUCUUCUCCUUCCUCACUCUCCUCUUCCUCCUCCUCCUCUGUAGCCUCGAAGACCGCAAGUUCCAUCGCCGGUUUCAAGGCAUUGGGACUCAGAGAUGAGUUGAUGGGUGCCAUCAGCGAGAUGGGGCUUGGCAGUCCCACAGAGAUCCAGGCUUUGGGAAUACCUCCUAUUCUGGCGGGGGAGGACGUGUUGAUUGCAUCUCACACAGGGUCAGGUAAGACGCUCGCUUAUUUGUUGCCGUUGAUUCAUAAGCUGCGCGCCGAUGAGGAGAGGACGGGGAAAAUGGCGCGCCCGAGGCGGCCACGUGCCGUGGUCCUGGGCCCAACGAGAGAGCUCACGGAACAAGUCCUCCACGUGGCCAAAUCCCUGAGCCAUCAUGCUCGAUUCCGAUCGGCGAUGAUCGGUGGCGGCUGCAGACCGAAGCCCCAGGAAGAUACAUUGAAUUCAUCCUUGGAUCUGGUCAUAGGCACCCCAGGACGGCUGCUGAUGCAUGUGGAGAACGGUCACUUAUCCUACGGCGACAUCAAGUACGUUGUUCUCGACGAGGCGGAUACGAUGUUCGACAGGGGUUUUGGCCCAGAGGUGCGCAAGUUUCUGCGUCCGUUGAGGAAGAGAAGUGCGAUGGCGGCCGCAAGGGAGGGAGAGGAGGAGAGGGAGGCGGCGGGCAGUUCUUUUCAGUGUGUCCUUGUCACGGCCACCUUGACAAAGGCUGUCCAAAGGUUGAUAGACGAAGAGUUCCCUGGAAUUCAGCACGUGCAUACUUCCACUCUCCACAAGCGGGUAGCCGGGUCGCGGCACGAUUUCUUGCCCGUUUCUGGCGAUGAGAACAAGUUGGAAGUCCUCUCCCAGGUGCUUGAGCCCGCCGUUGCUCGGAAUCAACGCCUCAUGGUGUUCUGCAACACCCUAGGGUCGUGCCGAGCCGCUGAGCACUUCCUUCGCGAGACUGGCAUCGACACUGUGUGUUAUCACGGCGAAGUUCCCGCCGAGGAGCGGGUGGCAAACCUGGAACGCUUCCGUGGGACCAGUGGGACCACUGGGAGCAGUUGGGAGAGAGCAGCUGGGGUUGGUGGCUCCUCGUCGGUUCCUGUGCUUGUCUGUACGGAUCUUGCGGCUAGAGGUCUCGAUCUUGUCGUUGACCAUGUUGUGAUGUUUGACUUUCCGAGGACCCCUGUGGACUACCUGCACAGGACGGGCAGAACGGCGCGGAUGGGAGCGAAGGGUAGGAUCACUAGCCUUGUGACGAGGAGGGAUCAGUUGCUGGCGCGGGAGAUUGAGGCCGCUGUGAAAUGUGGCAGCUCGAUGGAGAAUCUGACGUCAGACAAAAAUAAGCUUUCGGCAAUGAAGAAGAGAGAAGCGGAGGAGCAGAGAAAGGUUAAAUUGAGGGGGAAGCUUAAAAAGGGGGAGAAGAAGGGUGACAGGCAGUUUGCUGGAAAAAAGUGGCCCUCGAAACCCCCCCUUGGGACCGCUGCAGCUGGUAGGGGAAAAUCGCCUGCAGCAGGGAAAAUAGCAGUAGAAUCAUCACGUACACGUACCUCUGUGCAGGGUCGUCGGGGGCUCCCUAAGAACAAACCCAGUGCUUUUAUACCCAAGGGCACGAAGGGAGCGGCACGGUUGGCGUUGCAGCGUGGACAUGUUGUACCGGGGAAACUCAGGGCUAAGGAUACCACUCGCAGGCGAAGGUCGUGAUUGCUAAGCAGCAUGUGGAAAAAAAAAAAAAAAAAAAAAAAGGUUGCUGCCAUUCGAAAC